CAUUUGUAAACACGAAAGGGUGAAUGUAGCGUUAGCUGGAUAUUCCAUAAAAAUCACCUUAAACCCGAUUUCCAUCCUUGUAAAUGUAAUUAGUGAAAAUUAUUCAAUCCGAAAUAAUCAAUAUAAGGUAAGGAAAUGUCCGAUCAAAAUAUUAUCGGAAUAUGUAUACUAGUCUGCUUGGCUGUAGUGUUUAAUUUUUCACUUCAUCGAAUUGAAGAGGGUCAUGUUGGUGUAUAUUUUCGGGGUGGCGCGUUGCUUUCACACGUCAGUAGUCCAGGAUUUCAUAUGAUGGUCCCGCUUUUAACUUCCUAUCGUUCGGUCCAGGUAACUUUACAAACAGACGAGGUCAAAAAUGUUCCCUGCGGAACAAGCGGCGGUGUUAUGAUUUAUUUUGAUCGAAUAGAAGUUGUGAACAUUCUGGAUGCAAACAGUGUUUACAACAUGGUGAAAAACUUUACCGCAGAUUACGACAGGACUUUAAUAUUCAACAAAGUUCAUCAUGAAUUAAAUCAAUUCUGUUCUAUGCAUAGUCUUCACGAAGUUUACAUAGAUUUAUUUGAUCAAAUCGACGAAAAUUUAAAGUCUGCUCUACAGACUGAUCUCAAUGAAUUGGCUCCAGGGCUCAGCAUCCAAGCAGUUCGCGUUACAAAGCCAAAAAUACCAGAGACUAUUAGGAAAAAUUACGAGUUAAUGGAAGCAGAGAAGACGAAGUUACUUAUAUCGAUACAGCAUCAAAAAGUGGUGGAAAAAGAUGCAGAGACAGAUCGCAAAAAGGCGAUAAUCGAAGCAGAAAAAGAAGCUCAAGUGGCAAAAAUUCAGUACGAUCAAAAGAUCAUGGAGAAAGAAUCACUGCAGCGAAUGGCGUCUAUUGAAGAUGAGAUGCAUUUAGCUCGACAGAAGAGUCGGUCAGAUGCUGAUUUUUAUCAAAUGGAACGGCAAGCCGAGGCAAAUAAGUUACUCUUAUCCAAAGAGUUUCUGGAGCUCAAGAAAUACGAAUCUCUAGCUCAAAAUGCCAAAGUGUAUUACGGAGCUGACAUUCCAAAAAUGUUUACACUUGGAGGCUGUUCCAGUGAUCCCACUUUGGGCUCUGAUGCAAAUACCUCGAAAAAAGACGCGACCAUUGGAAAAUCGAGUUCAUAUGGUGAUUUCGAACAGACAAAAUAAUUUUAUUUAAAGUUAGGAAGAAUGAGUGAUUAUUCGCAAGUGCGCUUGUACAUACCUAUAUAUAUAUAAUAUACUAAUUACUGAUUUUUCGAAUACAAAUAAAUCACAGUAACUUACCUCGAUAAAAAGUGAUGUGGUAUAAAAAAAAUGUGUACGUUUUGAGUAUUGUCUAUAUUGCAUGGAUGGUGACGCUCAUCUUAUGAACAGUGUUCAAGAAUAUUAUUCAUUAUUUCACCAUUUUCAUAUUGAAUGGGGCCACGCCGUCCGAGUCAAAGGUUAGGAAAAGAGUAUCAAAGAACACGUGUGAAACUAAGUUUAAACUAUGCAGGUAAUAGUAAUAAAUCUGCACAAAUUCGAACAUUUCAAGCUAAGGU